AUGUAAACAGAUUCCAAAACUGUCUCAAUGAGCAGGUUUUUAUCGUUUAUUUUUCCUCCAAAAGCUCAUUUCUACCGGUCAAAGUUAUGCAAACUUGGAGUCUCGUAUCCAUUUGUGUUUUGCUGGGCGUUGUUGUGAGAUGGGGAGUUUCGCUAAAUUCUUAUUCAGGGGCGGGGAAACCUCCCAUGUUUGGCGACUAUGAAGCUCAAAGGCACUGGCAAGAAGUGACCUACAACCUCCCUCUCCAGGAAUGGUACUUUAACACCACAGACAAUGACUUGAACUACUGGGGUCUUGACUACCCUCCUCUUACUGCCUACCACAGCUGGAUCUGUGCUUAUAUAGCCAAGACCAUAAACCCUGAAUGGGUGGAACUCCACAGAUCCAGAGGUUAUGAAAGCCCAGCACACAAGUUAUUCAUGAGAGCUACAGUCCUGGUGGCAGAUUUGUUGAUAUACAUCCCUGCUGUGGUUUUAUACUGUUUAUACCUGACGGAUGGAUCCCCUAAGAAAAAGGUUUCAACUCUGUUCUGCUUCCUGCUCUACCCAGGACUAAUUCUCAUUGACUACGGCCAUUUCCAGUACAAUGGAGUCAGCCAGGGCUUUGCUCUGUGGGGGGUUCUGGCUCUGGGUCUGGGCUGGGAUGUGUCGGGUUCCAUGGCCUUCUCCCUGGCUCUCAACUACAAACAAAUGGAACUGUACCACGCUCUGCCCUUCUUCUGCUAUCUGCUGGGAAAGUGUGUCAAAUUGGGUCUGAUGGGAAGAGGGCUUUUCUUGUUGGUGAGAAUUGCUGUAACAGUGUUGGUGACUUUUGCCCUCUGCUGGCUGCCCUUCCUGUCUGACCUCAACCAGGCCUUGCAGGUGGUUAGGAGGAUCUUUCCCGUGGCUCGUGGUCUGUUUGAGGAUAAGGUGGCAAAUACAUGGUGCAGCUUGAACCUCCUGAUAAAGAUCAGAUCCAUUCUGCCCAGUCAGUCUCAGCUCUACCUCAGUUUUGCCUGCACUCUCCUGGCAGUCCUACCUUCCUCUAUCAGGCUUCUGACAAAGCCCACCUUCUGGCAGUUUAAACUGGCCUUGGUCAAUUCGUCUCUGGCAUUUUUCCUGUUCUCCUAUCAAGUCCACGAGAAGUCCAUCCUUUUGGCUGCCUUGCCCGUCUGCCUCCUGCUGAAUGACCUGCCCCUGAUGGUAAUUUGGUUCCUGCAGGCAUCAUCAUUCAGCAUGCUGCCACUGUUUCUGAAGGAUGGUCUGCUGGUGCCCUAUGUUGUGACCUCACUGGCCUUCCUCUUCUUCAGCAUCUAUCUCCUGUCUGCACUGGAGCACAGCUCAGAGGAAGAGCUGAGACUGGGUGCCUACCAUAAGCUGCUCUUCUGCCUACCCAAAAUGGACCUGGCGUGUAUAGUGAGAUGGAAGUUCUACAUCAGUGUUGCAGCCAUGGCUGGUUUGAGCAUUGCGAGUGUAGUUCUGGUCCCGCCGCCACAUCUACCUGACUUGUUUCCUGUGUUGGUGUCAACCACUGCUUGCCUGCACUUCCUGGGGACAUUUAUAUAUUUCAACAUUGUCCAGUUCAGCGGGCCACCCAGCAGAAAGAGCCAGAAGAAGAACAACUGA